CAAAGCCCCUCAUUAAUCGACUCUGGGCCUAGCGGACUGGACCCCCUUUACCUUUGCCAAAGAGCUCCGUUAUACACGCAGCGGCAUUACAGGACGAGGAGAGAAGAGAGACAAAGAAAAACCAAAAUAUGGAUGCCGCAACAGCUUCCCACACCCAGUCCGUCCGCGACAAAUACAACCAAGAGCGCGACAAGCGCUACCACCCAGAUGGGCUGAAGCAGUACAUUGUCGACCUGGCCGCGUCGUCAACAUAUGCACGCUACCAGGCGGACCCAUGGCGUUGCGAGUCCUCCACCUCCCAGUCCAGCUCCAGCUCCAGCUCCAGCUCCAGCUCCAGCUCCAACUCCAACUCCAACUCUAGUCCCAGACAGCCGGCCCUGCGCGACGGCGACAGCUGCACGGUGCUGAUCGUGGGAGCCGGGUUCGGCGGGAUCCUCUUCGCGGCCAACCUGGUCAAGGCGGGCAUGGAUCCGGCGCACAUCCGACUGGUGGACACGGCCAUGGGCUUCGGCGGGACCUGGUACUGGAACCGCUACCCGGGGCUGCACUGCGACGUGGAGAGCUACAUCUACAUGCCGCUGCUCGAGGACACGGGCUACGUGCCGCGCCACAAGUACUCGGCCGGCCCGGAGCUGCGGGACCACGCGCAGAGGAUCGCGGUCCACUUUGGCCUGGCCGACAAGGCGCAGUUCGGCACGAGGGUCGACGAGAUGCGCUGGAACGAGCAGCACCGCCAGUGGGUGGCCCGCCUCGUGCUCGUCGACGACCACCACCACCAAACCCCCCUGACCGUGCGCAGCCGCUUCGUCAUGACCGCCUACGGCAUCGGCCACUACCCCAAGCUCCCCGCCGUGCCGGGCCUCGACGCCUUCAGGGGCAGCGCCUUUCACACCAGCCGGUGGGACUACAGCGUCACGGGCGGCUCGGAAGCAAAGCCCGACCUGACGCUGCUGCGCGACAAGCGCGUGGGCAUCGUCGGCACCGGCGCCACCGCCGUCCAGGCCAUCCCGCACCUUGCGCGCUGGGCCAAGGACCUCUACGUCUUCCAGCGCACGCCCAGCAGCGUCGGCCCGCGCAACAACAGGCCCACCGACGCGUCGCGCUGGGCCCGGGACGUCGCCACGCACCAGGGCUGGCAGACGGAGCGGGCCGAGAACUUCAACGCCUUUCUGGCCAACGACACGCCGCGGCCGGCGGUCGACCUCGUCGACGACGAGUGGACGCGGCUGCCUUCGUACAGCGCGCUGAUCGGCAGCGCGGCGGACCUGGGCGCCGGCCGGGAGGGCGUGGAGCGCUACGUGGCGGCGCUGGAGGAGAUGGACCUGCCGCAGCAGGAGGCGCGCCGGAGCUGGGUCGACGGCAUCGUGCGCGACGCGGCCACGGCGGAAAACCUCAAGGCCUGGUACCCGUCCUGGUGCAAGCGGCCGUGCUUCAGCGACGACUACCUGCAGGCCUUCAACCGGCCCAACGUGCACCUGGUCCCCACGGGGCCGCGGGGCAUCGACGAGGUGUCGGGGAGCAGGGUCGCGGUCGGCGCCGACCACUACGAGCUCGACGUGCUCAUCUUUGCCACGGGCUUCAGGCCGCCCACCAGCGGCAGCCCGGCCGAGCGGAGCCGGAUCAAGGUCUACGGGCGCGACGGCAGGGACAUGGACGACAAGUGGGCCGCCGGCGUGAGCACGCUGCACGGCAUGCUCAGCCGCGGCUUUCCCAACUUUUUCUUCCCGGGCCCCAACCAGAUGGGCGCCGCCCCAAACGGCACCUACCAGCGGGACCGCAUCGGCGAGCAUUUCGCAUACAUCAUCACCGCCGCCGCCGCCGCAGCAAAGCAGCCCUGCGGAGAAUUCGACGUGGUGAUUGAGCCCACGGCCGAGUCAGAAGAGGAUUGGAGCGCCCAGACGGCAAGUCAUGCAGCCCGCUUGACCGCCAUGGUCAGCUGUACGCCAAACUACAUGAUCACGCCCGAGGAGCAGGAGGCGGCGGCCAAGGGGAGGCGGGAGGGGCUUGCCAAGAAGGCGAGGGGUGCGCUCUGGGGGAGGGGUGUAAGAAAUUACAUGGAGAUAUUGAAGGAGUGGAGGGAGGAAGGGAAGCUCAGGGGGCUUGUUAUUGCGUGAUCCCUGACGAUCCUUGACCUACUUACUAGUCUAGUUCUAGUUCUAGAUCUAGACUCGAGAACCUUGUUAGAGUUUUCCGUUUCUGCAUGGGGGCUGUGGGUCGUAUCGUCCUGAAAGGUUGGGAACAGCUGUUGAUCCCAUGCAGCCAUAGCCAUGUACACACAACACACUUGCAGAGACUUGGGCGACAAUGUACCUACCCCCCUCUCAAGGACAAGAGACAAGAAAAAGAAAUCCUUGUACAGCAGCAGUGAGCACUGGCCCAUGGCAACAGCCGCGGCUUCCGAACCCCGUAGUAAAUCAAGCCGUCAUCCAAGCACCCAAACCAAGCAGAACAACUACC